UCCUGCAUGUAAGUGUGAGCAACAGAAGGCAUACAGAGAUAUGCUUAUGGUCGGAGUAUUUCUGUCUGGAUUAGACUCUGUUUAUGAAUCAGCAAAGAAUCAGAUGCUCACUAGUCCCUCGAUUCCUCCUAUUGAUGAAGCUUAUAGUAGGCUAAGCAGAAUUCCAAUCCCUUCAUCGACUGUUCUUGAUACCACUUCUGCUAUGCUUGCUACUCGUGGCAGAGGUGGGUCCCUCUUUGCCAGAGGACGAGGAUACCGUGGCCGUGGCAAUACCCCUUCGCGCCCAGUAUGUCAGUUUUGUCAUCGCAUUGGUCACACUGUGGAUAAGUGUUGGCAGAAACAUGGUCGUCCAGCUGUUGCCAAUCAGACUGUUUUUACUGAUUCUCCAGAGCAGCCUAAGACUCAACAUCCUGUUUCCUCCAGUGAGUUACGUGCAGAUGAUAUUAUCUCUCAGUUGAGACACUUGAUUGGAGAUAGACCUCAACAAGCUCCUGAUCCGACCACCUCUACUAUCACUACUGCUGCCAGUGCAUCUUCAUCUGGAUAUACUGACGGGCAGGGUGAUUGGCAGUGGCCGUGAACAGGGAGGUCUUUACAGGCUAGUGCAUCCCUUUCCCUUUGCUGGAUCUACCUCUGCAGGGUCGUCCUCAUCCUCGGCUUAUACUUGGCAUUUACGUUUUGGACAUCUACCGUUUCAGAAACUGCUGCAUGUUCUUCCUCAGCUGUCUCCCAAGUCUUCUUUUCAAUGCGAGUCUUGUCAGUUGGGCAAACACCAUAGGUCAUCCUUUCCUCCGCGGCCCAGUCGAAGUAGCCAUUCUGUGUUUGAGUUACUUCAUUUUGAUGUUUGGGGUCCGAGUCGUACACCUGCUCUUCAAGGUCAUCGAUAUUAUCUUGUUGCUGUCGAUGACUAUAGUCGUGUUAGUUGGGUUUUUCUUAUGAAGCAUAAAUCUGAAGUGGGUCAUGUAAUCAAAAAUUUUAUCAAUGAAAUUCUGACUCAGUUUGA